UUCUCUCUCUCUCGUGGUUCUCUUUCAGAAAAAACUCUCAGUCUGCUUCUCAUCAGAAAACAACGGGGCAGCACAAAAUUGACCCAGCUCUCUCUCACAAAACGAUCUGCCCACAUUUUUUUGAACCCCAAACCGUGGCUCAACCACCUGUGAGGAAGAACGGAAAUCUGAGAACAUCGAUCAACAACGGAUAUCGGUACCCAAAAUAUGGUUCACACAAAGCAGGUGGAAAACAAAAAAAAUAGGAUACUAUUCUAGAGGUGAUAUUCUUGCAUGUAGCUUAUAAACUAGGAAGCACUGACUCUUCAUUUUGGGUGCCAUACUCAUGUUCCAACAGUGUCCUAUCUGCUGUGACAUGUUAUAAUUUUUCAAAAAUUGCUCGUCACUGUAUCAUACCCGUGUCCCAGUGUCCGUGUCCAUGCAUCCUAGCUUAUAAUUAGCUGAAACUUAACUGUCACAUAUUCUAACCUAUCAUGUAAGCUUAUGCCUAAGUCUAAGUCCAAGAACCACUCAUAUGUCCUUUCUUCCAAGACUAAUUUGUCUCUCCCUCUUAAACCUAAACAAACCCAAAACCGCACACCACCUCAACCAAAUCCAUGCCCAGUUAAUUACCAACAGCCUCAAGUCACCUCCUCUUUUUGCCAAACUUAUUGACCAAUACUGUGCCGUUUCAUUAUCCUCUCAUGCUCAUUUAGUAUUCAAACACUUUGGCCAGUCAAACCUAUUCCUCUUAAACACUUUGAUACGCUGUACUCAGCCUAAAAACUCACUUCUUGUUUUUGCCCAUUGGUUUUCAAAGGGAGACUUAAUUUUCAAUGAUUUUACUUAUGUUUUCAUUUUUGGAGCUUGUGCUAGGGCUUCAUCAUUAGCAACAUUGUGGGAAGGGAGAGAAAUACAUGGACAAGUUUUGAAACAUGGCGUUAUGUCAAAUAUUUUGGUGCAAACCACAAUGAUACAUUUUUAUGCUAAUAAUAAGGAUGUUUUUUCAGCACGAAGAGUGUUUGAUGAAAUGGUUGUGAGAAGUAAUGUUACAUGGAAUGCAAUGUUUACUGGUUAUUGUACACAAAGAGAAAGGACUAAGGAAUAUGCCCGUGAUGCAUUAGUGUUGUUUCAAGACAUGUUGACUGGUGUUUGUGGAGUGAAACCGACCGAUACUACAAUGGUUUGUGUUCUUUCUAUGGCUUCUCAAUUAGGUGUGUUAGAAUCUGGGGCUUGUGUUCAUGGCUAUAUAGAGAAGACAGUUUGUGUGCCUGAGAAUGAUGUUUUUAUUGGUACUGGUUUAGUUGAUAUGUAUGCAAAAUGUGGGUGCCUUAAUAGUGCUUUAUCUGUUUUUUGGCAAAUGAAUGAGAGAAAUGUGUUGACUUGGACAGCAAUGUCAACUGGACUAGCUAUCCAUGGGAGAGCAAAGGAAGCUUUGGAACUUUUGGAUUCAAUGGGGGCUUCUGGCAUUAAACCCAAUGUAGUUACUUUUACAAGCUUGUUAUCAGCUAGUUGCCAUGUAGGGCUUGUUGAAGAAGGUCUACAUUUGUUUGAUAAGAUGAGGAACAAAUUUGGUGUCUUUCCUGUGAUGCAACAUUAUGGCUGCAUGGUUGAUCUUCUUGGUCGUGCUGGGCACUUGAAAGAAGCAUAUGAGUUUAUAAUGGGGAUGCAAAUUGAACCAGAUGCCAUAAUAUGGAGGAGUUUGCUAAGUUCUUGUAAAGUUCAUGGGGAUGUCAUAAUGGGUGAGAAGGUGGGGAAGCUUCUCCUCCAGCUACAGCCUGAGAAGAGUGAUGCAAAUUUGACUGUUAGGAGUGAAGACUUUGUAGCUUUGUCAAAUGUUUAUGCUACAGCAGAACGGUGGGGUGAAGUGGAGAUUGUGAGAAAGGAGAUGAAGGUUAAGGGGAUAGAUAACAAACCUGGUUGUAGUUCAGUACAAUCCAUGAACAAUUAUGUUUUAGAUGCAUGGUAGGUCUUGAACUUGGUAUCAAGUGGAUGAUUGAAAAAUGGAAGUAGUGAAACGAAUUCAAGAGUUUGUGCCUAAAUGAAAUAUCCAGUUAGAAGAAAUUAUUGAAAUGAAAAUCUAACUCAAUUGUCAGAAGGGAAACGGUUGCUAAAGAAGAUCAACAUGACCUCAACAAAGUUUUCAUUCAACUUACACGAGUUUCUGACUAAGCAGGUGAACUUUAUAUGGUUUAAAUAUCCUCCUCUUCUUAUUGUGGAUGUACCAAAUUUGGUGUGUAUUAGGGUUUAUCUUUGCAAUCAAUGUGCCCUGUGUAACCUUGAUCCAUGGCUAGUGAGUGACCUUGCAUGGCCUUUGUGACAAUUCUGUGCAAGUUCACAACCAUUUUGGUUGACACAGGUGGACUGACCUAUGGCUAGUGAGUGACCAGAAGUUUGGAACUUAUGAUACAAAAGAUGCUGUUGUAGCUGGAGAUAAUCUAAGGAGGUAAUGUUAAUAGAUUUUAUUUUUUAUCAGUCAUGCUGUCGAAUUUUAUCUAACGGAUUAUUUAGCUAUUUUUGUUGUUUGAAGAGUAGCUAAGCAUCAAAAUGCAGCAAGGUAGGGAUACCCUAUGUUUUACAUAGAUCAAUUUGAACAAUGACGAUACUAAAAACUAAAAAUUCUUAACCUUGGUACAAAUACAUGUUUAAUACAAAGCAUUAAUAGCUGGGAUGCAAAGGUAUUUGUGUGGGGUCAAUUUGUCCCUCAUAGGCAUCCCUAGUGAGAUUUCAUGGCCUCUACAUGCAUGAUACAAAUAGUGUGAUUAUUUUCUCAAAUUUGAUGCAUUUCUUCAGCUUUGGAUGUUAAGUUUCCUUAUAAAGGAAUUUCUAGUAUCUCCUCCAAAUAAUUACAGAUGCUUAUCAUGUUCAGAUCCUUGUCCAUGAUACCUGGGAUUUUUUUUUUUUUUUCUUGAUAGGUAAUAAAAGUUUUAUUGAUAAGAAAAGUAAAUGUGUUUUAAGAUAGUAAACCCACUGCACUUGAAAUGGAUACAAUCAAAUCAAAAGGAAGAGCUAAUAGAAAUAAGGAAAUCAGACAUGGAAAUACAAUGCGUAAAACCCCAAAUAUGAGGCUAAUCAAACCAAGUCCCAGCUAGCAAAGGCUUCAACAUAUCUACAGGUCUCUCAAUAUCUUCAAACGUUUGAGAAUUGUGUUCCUUCCAGAUUAACCACAUAAGACAAGCCAGUACCAUAUUCCAAGCAUUUGAAGAAAAAUUCCCCAGCUAGGUAUAUGAAAUCUUUCCUUCACCCUGGAGCUAAUUGGCAUCUCUGUGGGAGCAUUUCACUGAAAUCUUCUUUAUUGUAGACAAAGAUGUAUUGUGCAGAUGAUGAUGAUGGUGAUUAACUGCAGUUACUUAAGUGAGAACAAGUACGAGGUUUUCAGUGCUACCAUUUUAACCUAGAAAGUUGCUCGCCGUCUCACAAAGUUCCUCAUUCACUUCUUCCUGAGUGUGAGCAGUGACCACUACAACCAUCCUUGAAAUGUGAUAGCUAAGAUGGUGGAAUUUUUGUUAUUUGCAUCGUUUUGUAGCGAAGUUAUUGUGGGAUAUUUGAUUUUCUUGCUCCCCUUGUUUUCAACAUACCAAGCAACCAAUAAGGCAUAUUUGUCACCCACUGAGCACAGAAUAGUUUUGGAUUGAAAUGUGUCGGAACAAGGAUGAGGUGUUCAAUGCUAGCCAUCUCAAAAUUCAAAAAGCACCCCUUUAACUUAGAAAGUUGCUCGCCAUUUCGAAAAGCUCCUCAUUCACUUCUUGCCAAGUUUGACCACUACAACCAUCCUUAAAAAAGGAAAAGGUUUUUUUUUUUUAAAAUAUAUAAUUGCAAUUGCUAAAGACAGGCCUAAAUGUAAUUUUAUCAACAAUGAUGUGUGAUAGUUCUCCACGUACAUAUUUUAUUAUAAGGUAUGACGGAAAUGAUUUUGGGAAUUGAUUAAUUAGAUAA